AUGAGUAGUGAGAACAGCAGUUCCAACAGUGAAAACAACCAGACAACUUUCUACGACACUCGGGAACCGAGCUCCGGGCCAAACCUAAGUGGUGCUUCGGAGGAGACAGAAAAGAGCAAUGGAGUAGAGAAACAGCCGCAGGAACGCGGAGAAGACAGCUUGGCUGUGGCGGCUGCAACUGCAGCAGGUGUGGAAGCUGCGGCAGUAGUUUCAGCUGUGACUGGCAAAAACGAAGCAUCUGUGCUAUCAGAAGCUGGUUUGGAGGCAGUUACCGAAGAUAACGUUAGUCCAUUGGAUGAGACAAGCGGUGUAAAGAAGAAUAAGAGCAAUAGUGAGGACAAUAGCGCCAGUCCUAAGACUAAGUCUUUAAAAACAAGUCCCAUGGUUAGCAGUGAGAACCUAACGUCUGGUGAGCCUAGGGGUUCAUUUUCUAGCGUGAAUACAACAAGGACGAAUACCAAUACUGGAGAUACAACCAGCACCAGUACUAGUAGUAGUGUUUUACAGAGUCGCCGCAACAGUUUGUACCCUGGUGUUGGAUUGCUAGCAGCGACAGGAGCAGAUGAAGAAGGAGACCGACUGUAUCAGACGAUUGAGGAGCAACUUUCUGUGAAUGGACGGACAGAUGCCUUGACAGCGGCUGCGAUAGCGGCUGGGAAAGAUAGGGGUGUAGGUAGCAGCAUCAGCAGCAGCAGCAGCAGCAGUAAUAAUAAUGGGAAUAGAAAUCACAAUAAUAAUGAACUGGGCGCUGGCGCUGGCGUUGGCAGCAGAAAUGGGCGCAUAGCUGAGGAGGAUUUUGAGAAGCAGUUGGAUCACACAUUACAGCUUGCUCAAGAGCGGAGCAACAGUCCUGGGAGUGGAACUGGUCGAAGCACGCGAGGCAGCAGUGUUGCUACAGGGGCAAGUACGGAAACCAGUCACAAUUACAAUCACAAUCACAAUUACAAUCACAAUCACAAUCAUCAUCACUACCAUGGCAGUAGUCACAGGGGCAGUAGCAGCAGUGGAAUAUUAGAGAAGGCAGCAGUGAAGGUUGCGGCCGGAGAAGGACUUCCAACCGAGGCCGAGGAAGAGGAACAUGUGAGUAGUGAUAGGGAUGUUACUACGAAAGAUAAGGAAGAAAAGAGUGGUGAAUAUCUGGAAAGUGUUCAACCAGUUGAAACUUUGAAACAGGAAGACAAGAAGAGUUUAGGUGGGUCUGAGGGAGGUGAAGGGGUCAGUAUUAGUGCUCAUGUUGAGCAAGAAACACUUGUUGCAUCGCCCGAGACAUUGCCUGAGCCGUUAUCUAUGCCUGUGGAUGAGGCUUUUGUGGGCAGUGGCAAAGUCAGUAGCACUACUAGCAGUGGCACCAAGACUGGACAUUUUAGUCGGAUCCGAAGCAAAAGUAAUGCUGGAGAGGUGAAGCCUAUGAAAACAAAUGAAAGCAUUGGCUGUAAUGAUGGGACCGGGUCCAAUGACUGGGUAUCGCGGUGUCGUGGACUGUGGCACCAUGCGUGCAAAGUAAUUUAUGGUGGAGUUAAAGGCCAUACAGGAGGUAAGGAUUCUAGACACAGCAGCAUUUCGGGACAUGAAUCAUCAUCUUCGUCGUUACCACCAUCUUCUGCUUCAGAGUCGGUUUCGACACCAGCAGUCUCUACUGUGGUCCCACCAUUGGUUUCACCAUCGACCCCCUCCUCAUCAGCCCCUCCAGCAGCACCUUCCUCAUCCAGCUAA